ACUAGCCUAUAUGAAGGCCCAAAAUUGUGUGUUCCUUUCUGCUCUGACAAUGGCAUGCCCAUUCGUGCGAGAUGUGGUGGAUGAAGAAGCACUUGUGCUGAGGAGAGCCUUCAGGCGAGAAAGGGUCUUCAGGGACCGGUUGGACCCACUGGCCUUCCCUGAUGACCAUCUAUAUGAAAGAUACAGGUUUUCUGCAGAUGGCAUCAGGUAUCUAUGCAGACUACUGGGUCCCAGGAUUAAGCACCGCACUGCACAGAGCCAUGCACUGAGUGUGGAGCAAAUGGUUUGUGUGGCCUUGCGCUUUUUUGCUAGUGGAGCCUUCCUGUACUCAGUGGGGGAUGCAGAACAGCUGAACAAGGCCACAAUUUGCCGCACAAUAAGGAGUGUGUGUCUGGCUAUCAAAGCAUUAGCAGAUGUCUUCAUCUCCUUCCCUGGCCACAGAAGACUCUGUGACAUCAAAGAGGAGUUCUAUAGGAUUGCAGGUUUCCCCAAUGUCAUUGGUGCAGUGGACUGCACACACAUAAGGAUAAAAGCCCCCUCAGGUGCCCAUGAGGCCGAUUUUGUGAAUAGGAAAUCCUUUCACAGCAUUAAUGUUCAGAUGGUCUGCAAUGCUGACUGUGUGAUCAGCAAUGUUGUGGCAAAAUGGCCUGGCUCAGUCCAUGACUCCAGAAUCUUUCGGGCCUCUGAAAUCUAUCACAAGGUGAAUUCUCUGGUGUGUUGCUGGGAGACAGGGGGUAUGGCUGCCAGCCUUUUCUCCUGACACCUUUCACAGACCCCCAGGAAGCACAGCAGGCCUACAACCAUGCCCAUGCCAGGACCAGAGUUGAAAUGACCUUUGGCCUCCUGAAGGCACGCUUUCACUGCCUUCACAAAUUAAGGGUCAGCCCUGUUAGGGCAUGUGAUAUUACUGUGGCUUGUGCUGUCCUCCACAAUGUGGCCUGCCUGAGGAAGGAGAGGGCCCCCAGAGUGCCACCAGCCAUGGACUGGGACAAUCCGGCAAUCUUCCUGAUGACGACAGUGGUCGGCUGCUGAGGGACCAAUAUGUGUUGAAUUAUUUUAGUUAGUAUGUGUGCUUUCAAUUUUGGUUAAAUAUGUCCUGCGGUGGCAGAGGA